AGCUCACAUCCCCAGGAGGCUGCCGGGGGGCAGGGCUGGCCCCAUGCUGAGUAGGAUGGACCCUGCCCAAUACCGCCGUAUGGGGCCACCCCCCGGGCAGGGGACACUCGCUGGUCCGUAACAGGACUCACCAGUGUCACCGCCUGCCACACAGAACCAGGAACCUGCUGGUCUCACCGCCUGCCCCACGGGCUACAGACACCCAAACUGUGACCCCCAGGGGUUUCUCGGCAGGACCAUGCUGAUCCUGACAUGCCCAGCCCAGCUGCAGCGCCUGGAGGCGAUACUGCGGAGGAGCCUGCCCCUGACCCUGCCGGUCCUGGGGGCCGUGAUGAACAUCAACCGGGGGAACCCGGCGGAGUUUGAGGUUGCCGUGGACUCGUGGCCCGAUUUCGGUGCUGUGCUGACACGGCACAGUGGAAAGGUGCUGGUGGAUGACUGCUACAGGAGCAUGCAGGCGGCUUUCUACCGGGACGUGGGCGCCUACCGGGCACUGCUGGAGACCCCUGGAUGUCUACCAUGGGACAGCGCCUUCUACAUCAUCGGUCUGCAGGACGGGGUGCCCACGGUGUCCCAAGACCUCGCAGGGACCAAAGGCAUCGAGGUGGCCGUUUCCAACGUCUACUUCUACGUACACCCCGACCGCAAUUCCAUGCCUGAGCCUCGGCUGGACCCCGACGUGCGGGUGGGCUCGCUGAGCCCAGCACACGUGGAUCUGCUGAACGAGACGUGGCCGUACGGCAACAAUGACCGCAGCCGGCAGUACCUGGCUGAGGUGCUGCGGCUCUUCCCCAACCUCUGCCUGCAGGACAAGGCUGGGCAGCCCAUCUCCUGGGCCCUCACCAACCAUUUUGGGAUGGGAACACACGGUUACACUCUGCCCAGCUAUCGCCGGCGCGGCUACAUGCAGGCGGUGAUGAUUCUCUCUGCUCGGCGGGCGCAGGCCCAUGGCUACCCCAGCUUUGGGUUCACGGUCACGGGCAACCUGCCCAUGCAGCGGCUGCAGGACAAGUUGGGCUUCCAGCGGCUGCCCGGGUUCUGCCACUACGUCCUGCACAACCCCAGCCUGGGCAGCGCCGGCAUCUGAGUCCCCUCGGUCACCUCCAUGGGGUGGGGAAGUCCCUGGGUUGUGGGACAAGAAAUACAAAUAAAGCCAAGCCAAAAAAGCAGA